UCGGACCAGUCCCACAUCAUGUUCACGAACUCCAUCCAUAACAACGAGUCUCAGGUGAUCAGCAGGAACUACGUGAACAUCACCUUCAGCUGCAGAUACCCCGUCCGGUACCUGGUGCAGCAGCCGGGGGGGGGCCACGGGGUGCACGUGCACCUCAGGACCAUCACUCUGAACACAGAGGACGGCAACUUCUCCGUCUCGAUGCUUCUGUUCAAAGACGAGGCGUUCGAGGACCGCUGGACGACCGUGCCCUCCCUCAGGCUGGAGGACCACGUCUUCGUCAAAGUGUUCAUGAUCCCUGCUCACCUGAUGCUGCGUAUGGAGAGAUGCUGGGCGACCCCCUCCAGUGACCCCUACUCUAACAUCCAGUACACCUUCAUCAGAGACAGUUGCCCGCUAAUCUCCAGCGUUCAGACUCUGAGCGUCCUGAGGAACGGGGAGGGGCCCGAUGCUGCGUUCAGGCUCCAGAUGUUUAAGUUCGUUGGCAGUUCGUAUACCAAUGUGUUUCUGCACUGCAACGUCCAGAUCUGCAGCCUCAGCUCGGGGCAGUGCAAGCCGAACUGUUCCUCGGUCGGUGAGGAAGAACUGAUCCGGACUCGGAGAGACGCUCCUCUGUCCCACACCGUGUCUUACGGACCAAUCAGACGCCUCCUACAGGACGGUGGGAAGCCUGAUCUGAGUGGGGGGCUCCCUGCUGUGGGGACCCUGGUUCUGGGGGGUCUGCUGGUUCUGGUCCUCCUGCUGGUCUCCGGGCUCUUCGGACGCCUGUGGCUCCGCUCCAGAAGCUUCUAUCCAAUCAGAGAGGCUCAACUCACCCUGUCCAACAUCCACACCCUCUCUGAGGUCGCCUCCUGAGGGGGGGGGGCUACCUGUCCAACAUCCACACCCUCUCUGAGGUCGCCUCCUGAGGGGGGGGGGGCUACCUGUCCAACAUCCACACCCUCUCUGAGGUCGCCUCCUGAGGGGGGGGGGGGGCUACCUGUCCAACAUCCACACCCUCUCUGAGGUCGCCUCCUGAGGGGGGGGGGGGCUACCUGUCCAACAUCCACACCCUCUCUGAGGUCGCCUCCUGAGGGGGGGGGGCUACCUGUCCAACAUCCACACCCUCUCUGAGGUCGCCUCCUGAGGGGGGGGGCUACCUGUCCAACAUCCACACCCUCUCUGAGGUCGCCUCCUGAGGGGGGGGGGGGGCUACCUGUCCAACAUCCACACCCUCUCUGAGGUCGCCUCCUGAGGGGGGGGGGCUACCUGUCCAACAUCCACACCCUCUCUGAGGUCGCCUCCUGAGGACAGACACCCACCAGGGCUACAAAUACACAUCAAAUAUUCAUUAUCAUUCAUUAAUGGUCCAUAAAAUCUCAGGAAAUAUUGAAAAAGUUCCUUAAAAUUCAUGUUAAGAUGUUUAGAUUUAAGAUAUUCACCUUAAUGUGAUAAAAACUGGGAACCUAUCGACGAGACAUUUUCUGACUUGUUGCACGAUGAUUGACAAAAUAUUGUAAAAUAUUGCUUAUUCGUUCUCUCAAACACAAAAACAUAUAAAAAUACAAUCACGUGUACAGGUCUGAUUUAUCAUCACAAUAAGUCUGGUAUAUGUCUUCAGGAAUUGUUGAAAAUAAGUUUAAUAAAGGUUUUAAACGUGUGAUCUAUUUGCAGCUAUAUGUACCCUCUAUGUCUAACAACCCAACACUGUAGAGUAGUUCAUAUUUCUGUCAUUCUUUUAUUUUUAAUAAACUAAUUAAUACAUUUAAUUCAAUUUAAAGUAAACAUGCAUUAUUAUUAUUUUAUCUAAAAUUAUUUUAUUUUGUAGGAAAUACUUUCCAACUUGUUUUUUAAUUUUCUAUGACUUUGAGAUCCUGUAUUUAUGUUCAUUCUCAGCCAUUCUCCCUCAUUGUAAAGCCCAUUUCCUCUGGUUGAUUAUUACUAUAUCGCUGUGUGAGUCCAGGGAACAUUAAGGGAACAUUAAGAUAGUAUUUGAAUUGCCCUGGCAGGAUUCUGCAUCCAUUAAAACCUAUAAAUAAAAAUGUAAAACAGUC